CACUCACACACACAACUCACUACAGCACUACUCAUCACAGCUACUACUAGUUUCCAUUUAUCUGAUCAAUAUGGUGAAGAUGUGUAGUUUCAAUAAGCUAAUGGCGAUCCUGGUGGUGGCAAUGCUUGUGUCUUUCGAAGGGUCAAGAGCUUUUACCUUUUGCAAUAUGAGCGAGGAUGGUCUAACUGCUUGCAAGCCAUCGGUGAUGAAGCCGAACCCAUCUGAUCCGACUGCCGAGUGUUGCAAGGAUCUUUCUGCUGCCGACCUGGAUUGCCUUUGCGGUUACAAGACCUCGCCGGUGUUGCCUGGUUUCGGAAUCGAUCCCACACUCGCGAUGGGACUUCCGGCUAAGUGCGGCCUCACUCCUCCUGCCAAUUGCUAAGCAAAGGACCAUCCAAUACCGUAAAUCUUAUUUGCAUACUUCUGUUGCGUGAUAGUCGUGUUAUGUUAAAGCACACUGCUUUGGAAUUGUGUUGUUAAUAAAAUGCGUGUAAAGUGAGUUUUGGAUCAUCAUCCAAAGCUGCCGUAGUUGCAAUAAUAUGAUUUUCAUUCAGGAAAU